GCGCUGAAACACGUACAUUUGUUCUCCAAACACCAUUACAGAUCAGUUUUUCACCGCGCUCUCUGUUGUUUUGCCUUCAAACUGGUUUAUUACAAACGGUUAGACAUAUUGUUUGUGUAAAUAGACAACGUGUUUUAAUCAGUGCAGUAUCUGUAAUAUUCCCAAACUCACAGUCGUGACUGAGUGUUGAAUCAAGCAGGAAUAUCUGGAGGAGUUUAUCAUCUGUACUGACAUCUGCUGCUGUGAAGAUGGAGUUUGUUAAAGAAGAGAGAGAAGAGGACACGAGUGAACCAGAAACCUGGAGAAUAAAACACGAGGAACCAGAAACCUGGAAAAUAAACCCAGAGCCAGAAACCUGCAGAAUAAAACACGAGGAACCAGAAACCUGGGGAAUAAAACUUGAACCCGAAACCUGGAAAAUAAUUCACGAGCCAGAAACCUGGAGAAUAAAACACGAGGAGCAAGAAGAGAUGAUUGAAAAAAAUAAUGAAGAAUUAUCACACCUUAAGGAUCAAAUAGACAUCCACACUGGAGAAAAAACAUACAAGUGUUCACACUGUGACAAGAGAUUCAGUCGGUCAGGAAACCUUAAAAGACAUGAGAGGAACCACACUGAAGAGUGUUCACACUGUAAAAGGAGAUUCAGUACUUUGGGACGCCUGAAAACACAUGAGAGGAUCCACACUGGAGAGAAACCGUACAAGUGUUCACACUGUGAAAUGAGAUUCAAUAAUUCGGGACACUUGAAAGCACAUGAGAGGAUCCACACUGGAGAGAAACCUUAUAAGUGUUCACACUGUGACAAGAGAUUCAGUGUGUCAGGAAUCCUGAAAAGACAUGAGAGGAUUCACACUGGAGAGAAACCGUACACAUGUGAUCAGUGCGGGAAGAGUUUCACACUAAAAGGACACCUUAAAGAGCAUAUGAGAGUUCAUACAAAGGAGAAACCACAUUCAUGUAAUUUGUGUGGAAAGCACUUUCAAUGUCUGCAAUAUUUGAAAGUACACCAUAAAAUACACACUGGUGUGAGAGAGUACAUGUGCCUUGUGUGUGAAAAGACUUUUACUACAGCAACCUGUUUAAAACGGCAUGAGAGGAUCCACACUGGAGAAAAACCUUACCAAUGUUCACACUGUGGAAAGAGAUUCAGUGAUUCUGCAAAUCUGAAAAGACAUGAGAGGAUUCACACUGGAGAGAAACCAUUCACAUGUGAUCAACGUGGGAUGAGUUUCAUAAAAUCGGAAUAUCUUAAGAAACACAUGAAGAUCCACACUAGACAGAGACUGUACACAUGUGAUAGGUGCGGGAAAAUGUUUUUGAGAGCUUCAGUCCUGAAGCAGCACCUGAGAGUUCAUACAAAUGAGAAACCACAUUCAUGUCAUUUGUGUGGAAAGAGCUUUCAAUGUCUGCAAUAUUUGAAAGUACACCAUAAAAUACACACUGGUGUGAGAGAGUACAUGUGCCUUGUAUGUGAAAAGACUUUUACUACAGCAACCUGUUUAAAACGGCAUGAGAGGAUCCACACUGGAGAAAAACCUUACAAGUGUUCACACUGUGAAAAGAGAUUCAGUGAUUCUGCAAAUCUGAAAAGACAUGAGUGGAUUCACACUGGAGAGAAACCAUAUCACUGCACUGCAUGUUGGAAGUGUUUCAAUAAUUCAUCUGCUUUAAACAGACAUAUAAAAAACAAUCACAAGAUGAUUGAAAAAAAGAAUGAAGAAUUGAGUGAAGUUAAGAAGAAAAAUCUUGUUGAAACUGGACAAAAACCCUUGAGUUGCUCUCAAUCCAAACAGAAAGAUUUAAAGAAAAUAAGAGCCAAGAAAGCUUUUACCUGCACUCGGUGUGGAAAGAGUUUGAAAUGCAAAUUUAAUCUUGAGCGUCACAUGAGAAUUCAUACUGGAGAGAAACCGUUCACUUGUGAUCAAUGCGGGAAGAAUUUCGCACAAUUAUCACACCUUAAGGAUCACAUAAACAUCCACACUGGAGAAAAAACAUACAAGUGUUCACACUGUGACAAGAGAUUCAGUCGGUCAGGACACCUUAAAAGACAUGAGAGGAACCACACUGAAGAGUGUUCACACUGUAAAAGGAGAUUCAGUACUUUGGGACGCCUGAAAACACAUGAGAGGAUCCACACUGGAGAGAAACCGUACACAUGUGAUCAGUGCGGGAAGAGUUUCACACUAAAAGGACACCUUAAAGAGCAUAUGGAAAUUCAUACAAAUGAGAAACCACAUUCAUGUUAUUUUUGUGGAAAGCACUUUCAAUGUCUGCAAUAUUUGAAAGUACACCAUAAAAUACACACUGGUGUGAGAGAGUACAUGUGCCUUGUGUGUGAAAAGACUUUUACUACAGCAACCUGUUUAAAACGGCAUGAGAGGAUCCACACUGGAGAAAAACCUUACCAGUGUUCACACUGUGACAAGAGAUUCAGUGAUUCUGCAAAUCUGAAAAGACAUGAGAGGAUUCACACUGGAGAGAAACCUUAUAACUGUACUGCAUGUGGGAAGUGUUUUAAUAAUUCAUCUGCUUUAAACAGACAUAUAAAAAACAAUCACAGUAAGUAGAUCAACUUCAGAUCUGAUGCUGCCUUCCCUUCAAAUGUGACACAAUAAUGUAUUAAGCAAAAAUAAUCUGGAUAAAACUGUCAUUACUAGUGACAUGAUAAUGAAACAUUAUCUAAAAUUUUCACAGUGAAUAAAGUUAAUCUUCAAAACCAGCAGAUUCAACUGUGAGAUUCAUAUGAAUUCAAAUAUACCACACAUAAAAUAUCAAUGUUUAUGAAUAGAUUAAAUGAAAUGGGACAAAUUCAAUCUUGACAAUCUAUGUAUCAUUAUAAAGAUCUAAGCCUCAAGCAUCGGCGACAGAUCACUUUUUUUCAAUGGAAAGCUUAUAAAUACUGUAUUUGCUACAUUUGUGUAAGCAGUACACAUUAAAAACAUGAACAUUAGAAACGCUGUACACACCAGAUCCAUCGUAAUAACGAGUCAUAAACACAUCCACAGUUGUAAAUACCGGUUUUGUUAGACAGAUAAGGGUCCACUGAAUGAAAUCUCAUGAAGCACGUUUAGUCCAAUGAAGAAAUAAUGUUGUAAUAUGGAUCAUAAUUCCUUUGUUUACAUUUCAGUUCUUCAGCGACAGAACUGUUUGUGUCCGUUAUGGAAUAACUCACGGUCGGAAACUGCGUCUUGGUAGUAAAAACACGGCAUGGUUUUGCAGCGUACAGUGUCACAAACAGAAUGAGGCGAUCCACCAGAAAAAGGAAUAAAUGAAAUAUAGGCAAAAGAUAGUUUAUUUGAAUUUGGCGCUCCCUCAUGACGCGCUCUGACGCACCUGUCAGCUAAUGGAGGCGGAACUUACAGCGAUCGCCUUUUCCUUUGUUUUAUUUUUACAGUUUUUAUAUAUGUGAGAGUGUGCUUUAUGUUGAAUGUGAAUGUAUCUGCAUGAUCACCAUCUGUUUGAGUGCAAAUCAGCCCAAGUCAGCUCGCUAUUACUGCAUGAUCACGGCUAUCAAAGUGAACGUGUCUAUAUGAAUAGAGAGAGUGGAUUAUUUACUUUAUGGCACAUUUGUGUUAUUACCAUCUGUAUAAGUGGCCAUCAGCACAUCAGCACUUAUUUGCAUCGUAAUUCAUUGUGAAUACUGCAUUUCUAACAAUCUCAGGAUUUUCUGUAAUUGGCAAACAGAUGUUUUUUUUUAUUUUUCUUAUUAUUCUUA